AGAUUAUCGACGGCGACAAUUUCACUUUCUCGCUCCGGCUUACUUGAUUCCUAGAGAAAGAUAGCGAGAGCUAUGGCGGAUGAAGAAGACGAGUUACCGGAGGAGACAGAACUAAGUUACGACCAGAAGAAGGAAAUCGCCAAGUGGUUUCUCCUUAAUGCUCCCGCUGGAGAAAUCAAUUACGUUGCCAAAGAUUUAAAGGCGGUAUUGAGCGACGAGGAAGUCUAUAACGAAGCAGCCAUGGAAGCAUUCCCAGUCUACAACAAGUCUCAUAUGAUUUGCCUUGAAAUGCCCACUGGGGCUGGUGAUGUGAUAAUUUCAUCUUACAGUGAAAUUACUGAAAAUGAGUACCUUGAUCCAAGAACUGCCCAGGUUGCCAUAGUUGAUCAUGUCAAACAGAUUUGUACAAAGGUACGGCCUGCAAAUGAUGAAGAACUUCCGUCUUUGUAUAUUGAGGAGUACAGAUAUGCUCUUGAUGCUGAAAUCCAGAGAUAUGUUAGUGAAUCUUAUCCGAAAGGUAUGUCUGCGGUUAAUUGUGUGAAAGGGAAAGAUACAGAGGGUCCAGGAUCCAACUUUGAGUUUGUUGUUAUAAUUACUGCCAUGAGACUGAGUCCCCAGAACUUCUGUAAUGGAAGUUGGAGAUCUGUAUGGAACAUCGACUUCCAGGAUGAAUCCCAAGUGCUUGACAUAAAAGGGAAAUUACAGGUAGGAGCUCAUUAUUUUGAAGAGGGCAAUGUGGAGUUAGAUGCAAAAAAAGAUUUCCAAGAUUCAACAAUAUUUCAGUCUGCGGAUGACUGCGCGAUUGCCAUUGCCAAUAUUAUCAGGCACCAUGAAACAGAGUACCUUGCAGCUCUAGAGGUAGCUUAUUCUAAAUUACCGGAUAACACUUUCAAGGAUUUGAGGAGGAAACUUCCGGUGACACGAACACUGUUCCCAUGGCAGAACACUUUACAGUUCAGCCUAACAAGAGAGGUCGAGAAAGAACUUGGACUUGGCAAGUGACUUAUUAUCAACUCGCAACCUCCAGUUCUUUGUUUCGUUGUCAAGGUUCUUUGUAAUUUCCAUUAUGUAAGUGAAGGAAAAAGUAUCACUGAUAAUAUUUCUGUUGUGUGGUGUCUCUAUUUUCAUGGCUUUUCCUUUAGUAAUGUACAAACCGCAUGCAAGUGUUGAAAAAAAUAGUAUUAUCAUCGAUA